AUGGCUUCCAACAUAGAUCUGGUACAGGUCGUCUUCCCCACUGCAGUAGUUCAUAACGUCUGGAACUGGAUAGAUACUACCGAGCAGAGGUCAAAGGUCGCUGUCUUCCUUGUUGACUUCUUGGAUCUGCACGACUCCGUCAUCUCUGAGCGAUGUGACCAUCUAUUUACCUGUUCGUUCAAUAAUAAGCGCCCCCAAAAGCUCGGCCACAGAGCCGCAUACGCCGGUGCAGGUGUCUGCGAAGUAUCUUCUCUUUUGCCCAGCACGUGGACCAGCAAAAGUCUAUUGAUAGGCGUGCUUUGGUCGGCAGGCGAGUUGGCUGACACAACCAAGAUCUGCACUGAGAUGGCAGAGGUAGUGUUUGCCAAAGGAUCUGAGAGGCGCAAAUUUCUUAUCCAGAUACCUGUAUAUAGCGAACCACUAUCCUUUCUUACGAUGUUUACCAUAGUCAUUGUUCUCUUUCUUUUCUGUAUUGCAUUAGGGUUUACAAUCUUGGCCUGUUUCCUCAUCCAAAGAAGUUACACACAGAAAUUUAUCGUUCUCACAUCACUGAAUCGCGCUGCAACCAAUUAUGCUUACUUUGAUUACAUUACCAAGCAGAUAAUCGCUAAGUGUAAAGACAUGCAUUCAGUAACCGAGCAGCUUAGGCCAUUGGGCCCAAAGCACAAGGAGUUACCGGAUUAUGCAUCCACUAAGGAACCGAAAAGAUCAGCAUCCAGGAAGAUUGGUAUACUUGAGGCUGACCCAUACGCUGGAAAGGGCAAAGAACGCAAGCAGGACAACGCUGGCACAGCUCUUACAUUGUUGUCUUCACUUCCUCAUAUGCCCAACGACGCAGCCGAUAACUCAGCGCAACACAGAAGAAAGACACGUCAGCUACGGCAUCGGCACAACUUAGGUCCACGAUUGGCCCCUACUAGACAACUCAGUAGUUUAUCCCUUGAAAAGCUGAGAGAACGAGCACUUCCACAUUCUAACAAUUACGCCGUUGAUAACAUGACUUCCGAAGACCAACGUAAGGUCUGCUCAUUCCUUCCGAAGCAACCUAAUAUCAUCCAAACUCUUGACGACAAUCUUCGCUACUUAUCAAGCUAUCCCAUUGAGCACAUCUCCAAUCUUGACACGAAUUAUUCAUAUGAAGUUCAUAAAUAUAACAAUGCAAAUGUGCUUUUUUCACAAAUCGUUAUGCCAAUCUGGGCCAGCGCCCUAAUAUUUUCCAAAACAAUGAAGCUACAGGCCAUGUCGGACAAUAGAAAGGCCGAUGUUGCAGCUAUCAAAGGGGUCUUCAUUUUAGUCGUAGAUAAAAUCUACGAUAAUAGGUACGUGCUUCCUAGAGAGCUUGUGGGCAUCUGUGCCUUCAAUAAAAAUAGUAAGUUUCACUUCUGCAUGAUCACUGAUUUGAAUAAUUAUAUGCCUUUGCCGGACUUCCUCCAAGGUGUAAGAGCUAGCGUCAGCAGGCAUGGACUUACCUCUGAAAGCUUCUGUUACAAUAUUAAUCUAAUCCACGAGCUCCUUAGGCUAUGCAGACAACGAAUGCGAGACAGGAAAGAACCAACUAACAUAUCGAAAGACGAUCAGGCCCACCAAGAUUCAAGCACCGACUUGGAGCCGGACUUGUUGAACACAUCUGGCACUAAGCACUUUGUAUCACCGGCUUCAUCUUUUGUUACGGCACAUCCGUCUAAGAGUCCAUCCACUGUCUCUACUAAAGAAUCAUCUAUUUCUGUCCCUUCCCUCAAAGAACUUAAGAGGAUGAACUCUCAAGAGCUGAUAGAUCUCCUCAGACCAGAUGUUUUUACCAUCUUGAAUAGGCCUGCCACGAGAUUCAUUACGAUAAUCCAUGCACUGAAUGCUCAGCAUAUUCGUCGGUCAUCGGGUGCAGCCUUUCUGCAGCUAAGGUCUGGCCAAUCCCUGGAAGCCGCGGGAAAGUGUCAGCAACGGCAGACGGAUAGCGCUGUAGACGAUAAACCUGAUAGAACUAGCUCUUUUUCGGGCUCCCGACGAAACAAGACUCUACUUUAUAAACUUCCGCCUUCCCAUCUUCAGAGCAAGCUGCGAAACUCUAAAAACAUAUCAGAGACAUCUGAAGUAACAGAGUCGUCAAAUGAUGAUAGAUACAGUGACAACUUACCGUUAACUCCUUUGUUUGACGGGUUGCAAGGCACAAGAGACAGCACUGACAGUUCAGACCCUGAUAAUUGUGACAUAGUUGCGUGCUUGUGCCACAAGCUAGAGCAAACAGCAGACGUCAAAUCUGGCGACACUCAGCUUCGGGCAGUGCCGUUGGACACUGUAGCGACGCAGAGCGUUUCGCAAUGUAUUUCACAGAGCAUUUCGCGGUCAUCCUAUACUAUGCUCCCACCACUUCCAUUGAAGUAUAGCACUAGCCCUACACCUAGCUCUACAUUCACGCCAUGCACAGAUACCCAAGUCUAUAUGGAAGCCCACAGCAGCUUUAUGUUCGGUAGCUGCUUAGUUGAGGACUGUGCUCUGCAAGAAAUUUAUGACGCUUUGGCAUACUUGGGAUCAUCUGCCAGGGAGCGUAUGGCUCGACUUUUAAUAAAAGAGAUUGCUACACGCAGGCACAGCCUUAAGGACAUACAAUAUUUUGACAAGGAUUGCAUACUAAUUAGCAUGGAUCGUGUAUUAACUGAUUCUGAGAUGGAAGUCGAGAUUGACAUUAAGCUGGAGCCAUUCUCUAUGUUGCUGCGAAACAUCAAUAUGAUACCCCGACCAGUUACCGCGAAGACAGACUGUGGGAAUACGUCAAGUGUCGACAUGUAUGUGCGGAUUCUGCUUAUCUAUUUAGAGCUUAUCACUCUCCUGGAUUGUACGCAGAGCGAUUUGGAGGAACUUUCUAUCUUCUUACCUGAGCUCAGAGGCGACGCAGACUACGGGACUGCAAUUCAGCGUCUGCUGCUAUUGAUCAAGGACUUCUCCACAAUAGUAUCGGGGGAAAGAAACGACACAAGCGGCGGAGCUAGCGGAGCCGGUGCUAGUUUAACGAAAGCAGACUUGUGGAGAGGAUAUUUACUCCCUAUAUUCACAUGA